AUGGCCGCCUCCGCCGACUCGCCGCAGAGCUCACCCUCGUGGCCGCCGCUCGAGCUCGCCCCCAUGGCCGCCAGAGCCUCAAACACAAAUGAGACAGCCUCAAACACAAAUGAGAAGCCCACUAAGAAAGGCAAGAAGCGCAAGAGAAAAGGUGCACAUGAUGAUGGCAAGCUGGUUGGAGUUCAUGAGGAGGGCAACUACUCUGGCACUGAAUCACUUGCUGCCCUAAGUGACAGUAGCUAUGACACUGACUUGGCUGCAUCUUCUGACUCUGAUUGCUCUGAUCCUGAAUAUGAACGUGAUGUCGAAAUAUUUGAUGAGGAUGACGAAGAUGAUAGUUCUGUCUUUUCUUAUGAUGUUGAUGAUCCAUGUUUUGACAUUGGUGUGGUAUUCCCUGAUGUGAAACAGUGCAAAUCAGCAUUAACCCAGCAUGCAAUAUUGAAUGGUUAUGCUUUCCGUACUGUGAAGAAAGACAAGAAACGCUUUCAGGUCAAGUGUUUGAGAGCAGAGGAGGGCUGCAAGUGGACAUUUUUUGCAUCUACCAGCAGCAAGAAGUACCUUGGAUGCAAGGUUAAGAAGAAUGGACCAAUUCACAAGUGUAGUUCAGUCAACAAUUGUGGUGAUACAAUGGCCACAAUUAACUGGGUAGCUGAAAGGGUUGUUGAUUGGUUGAAGGACAAGUCAACAAAGGGACCAAAGGAGUUGCAAGCUGCAUUGAGGAAGAAGUAUUCUAUGGAAAUUCCAUAUGACAAGGUUUCCAGGGGCAAAGAGAAGGCUCUUGACAUGAUAUUUGGAAAGUGGGAUGACAGUUAUGACUUGCUGCCCACAUAUAGAGCUGAACUACUCAAAAUCAGUGCUAGGAAGCAUUGUUGAGUUUGACACAGAAAAGCAUCAAGGGGACGUGUGUUUCAGGAGAUUUUUUUUAGCUCUUAAGCCAUGCAUUGAUGGUUUUUUGGAAGGAUGCAGGCCAUACAUUGCAAUAGAUGCCACCCACCUAACAGGGAGGUCAAGAGGCCAGUUGGUGGCUGCUGUUGCAAUAGACGGGCACAAUUGGUUAUUUCCUGUUGCUUAUGGAGUGAUUGAGACUGAGUCAAAGGAAAGCUGGACAUGGUUCAUCCAGAAUUUGAAGGUUGCUAUUGGUACACCUAUUGGUUUGGUUAUUAGCACAGAUGCAGGCAAAGGAAUUGAGGGGGCUGUGGAUGAUGUCUAUCCAGGAGUGGAGCAUAGAGAAUGUAUGAGGCAUUUGUGGAAGAAUUUCAAGAAGUUAUACUAUGGACCAUUGUUCAAUUAUAAUAUGUGGCCAGCAGCCAAGAGUUACACCAUUGAGAAGUUCAAUUGGCACAUGGCUAGGAUACAGGAGAAGUGCCCUGAAGCCAUUGCAUACUUGGAUGAGAAUCAUCCCUACUUAUGGAGUAGAAGCUAAUUUUCUGAUCAUUGCAAGGUAGAUUACAUCAAUAACAACCUCUCUGAAUGUUUCAACAACUGGGUGAAAGAAGUGAAAGAUCUGCAAAUUGUGGAGAUGCUUGAAAGAUCAUCCGUCUUAUAGUGUCAAGCAUCUCCACAAUUUGCAGAGGAGCUCAUCAUUGAAAGAUGUUCAACUAGCCAGAUCAACUUGACUUUUUACUCCAUUGUUUUGAAGUGCUGGUACAAGUCAAGUUGGAGGAGAAAUACCACCAUCUGGCAGGGGGAGAGGACGAGGUGUUUCAAGGCUUGCUGCAUACUUCAAUGCUUAGAAAUGACAAGUUAUUUCGUCUCAUGUAAUAAUAGUACCUGGCAUGCUUUGUAUGGCCUACACUGUGUAUGUGCAUAUGACAUGGAGACCUGGAUAUGUGAUCUGGGCAUGUACUGCCAUUAUUUUGGUGAGCAAAUGUGACGUGGACAUGUAUGUGCUAUUGUAUAUGCCGAUACGGGCAUGCAGUGACCACUAUUUUGGUAUGCUCAAAUAUGAUCUGGGCAUUGCAUUGUGAAAUAUUAUCCUUAAAUAUUGAUCUCUUCUAUGGAUUAUCA